AGUCGGGCAUUGAGAUAUGUUGUAAAGUUUGACUUGGGUACAAAUUUUAGGAUAUAGGUAUAUGUUAAAUUCAUUGUACAUUUUUCAGUUUGGAGUAAAACAGUGUUUUUUUUUGCAGUUCAUCUUAAACUUCGGAUAACCACUCGUGAAUAUUUUAAUAAGUGGUACUCAUUGAAAGCAUUCUACUUGGCUGAGAAUAUUAUGGAUAUGCUCUUCCAGAUAUUAUGUUCCACAACAUUCUGCCUCAUCAUUUACUUGUUAUCAGGACAACCUCUGGACCCGUUGAGGUUUUUACUGUUUGCCUCAGCAUGUGGCAUAGUGGCUCUCAUUUCUCAAACGUUGGGUCUAUUGGUUUGCACAAUCUUAAGACUGAAGCAUGCAGUAGUGUUCGGAUCAUUGUUUAUCAUGCCUUGGGUGAUAUUUUCUGGCUACUUCCUGCGCCUACAAGAUGCGCCGUGGUUCUCGCACUGGCUUUUCCACAUCAACUUUCUCAAAUACGGUUUCCAGUGUGUGGUUCUGUCGAUCUACGGCUACGAUCGACCGCGCAUGCCCUGCUCCAAAGACUAUUGUCACUUUGUGUUUCCACAAAAGUUUCUCAAGCACCUUCAACUGCAGCAAGAAAAGUACUAUGCCAACUUUUUGAUUUUGGCGGCCAUUCUUCUAGUUACCAAGAUUCUCACAUUCCAUGUGCUCAAAUACCAGCUUAAACAUAAACGAAAAAAACUAGUCGAUGAAGAGUGAAAAAAUG